AGUGGAGUGGAGUGACGCAGAAGCGCCGAAUGCUAGAUCAUUUCCCCAGUCAAGAUGGCGACAUCGGAGCCGAAAGCAGCUGAUACUCCUCAGAAAGCAGCUGAUACUGAAGAUCAACAGACUGACGGUCAGGUUGUCGCAAAUCCUGAGCAGUAUAUCAAACAUCCUUUGCAAAACAAAUGGGUCUUGUGGUACUUUAAAACAGACAAAAGCAAAAGUUGGACAGAGAACUUUCGUUUAAUUUCCGAAUUCGACACAGUGGAAGAUUUUUGGGCAUUAUACAACCACAUACAGCAACCAAGCAAGCUUGGCAUUGGCUGUGAUUAUUGCUUAUUUAAGGAUGGAAUCAAACCCAUGUGGGAAGACGACAGAAACAAGCUGGGGGGUCGAUGGUUGAUGACGCUCAACAAACAGAGACACAAUGAACUUGAUCGCUGCUGGAUGGAAACACUCCUGUGUUUAGUUGGUGAAUCUUUUGAUGAGGCAAGUGAAGACGUGUGUGGAGCUGUGGUCAAUGUCAGGCAUAAAGGUGACAAAAUAGCCAUCUGGACAAGCAACUGCCAAAACAGGGAAGCCAUCUUGACGAUAGGGCAACUUUACAAGGAUCGUCUGAGCCUCCCCACGAAAGUCGUGAUUGGCUACCAGUCACAUGACGAAACGUCCAGUAAGAGUGGAUCCACCACCAAGAACAUGUACUCUGUUUGAAAAACUUUCCCUUCAUUUCAACUCGUAGAUUUAAACAAUUACCAACCUGCAUCAUCACAUUAACUUUUUGAGUUUUUCACUAUUCUAGUGUCCUUUCCUUCUAUUGCAAAGAGAAAUGUUUAUAUUGUGUACAGUUGACGCUUCCCUCCGUGUAUUUGGACCGAUGCAUAUGAGGGGAGGAGGCUUGGACUCGAGGUGAUGUCUUAAAUGAGCAGGAGAACAUAAAUAUUUUCUUUUAGAGUUGAAAAGAUCUGUGAGUAAUAUCAGUGACCUCCCUUAGGUUAGCAGAGAACAAGCUUUUUUAUAGUACUUACUGACUUUGAGUUGGGAAAAUAAACAUUAACUACAAGGCCUUGUGUUUUUACUCAUGCUGUUAUCUCUCCUUUAAAAAAAAAAAGUUUGUAACCUCACAUGAUAAAUGAUGGUUGGCAACUUAUCCUUACGCAGAACAAGUUUUAAGAACAGUUUUAACUUGAUUUAUUUAGAAGUGUUAAGCAUGAGGCAGGCUGUCAUGACGCUCCAGUUUGAAGAAUAUGCAGUAUCUUAAAGUUUGUAAAAGUUGUCGCACUCAAAAGUAUCACGUUUGGAUUUAGGGCCUUUAUUUUGUUUUAUUAGGGUUUUUUUUUAUACUUUUACUUUUCAGCCAUGCUGAAAUGUGGGAUACUGCUUGUACCUUUGGAACUGUUUUCCACUUACAUUUUAUUUAUAUUGUAUACAUUACCAUUAUUUAGCUGAAAGAAAAACAAAACUUUUUUUGUUAACGAUGUGGACUAUUGCAUAUAGAUGCUGUUUUUACAGUCAAGAUGCUGACCGGUGUGCUUUUUGCUGUUUUCUUCCUAACAGAAACUGUAGAUAACGUCGCACUCCUCUUAGUUGAUGCGAGACAAAAAGAUUAUGCUCAUUGUGAAAUGAUUUUGCUCAUAAUGUAUCUUUAUUAUCUGUUAUUCCAGGA